GCAAAGUGUGGUAACGACCGCCCGAGCUGCAAUCUGGGCCUGUUGUAUAUGCUACAGGACGUUAGCUCCACUCCAGAUCAGUACAUGACCAGGAUGACCCGGCACAAAAUCAGCCAAAAAUAGCGUGUGAGUAGCCUCCUAUUGCAGAAUCCAAUUGUUGAGCCGUGCGGUGCAAUUAACUCGUUUGGGGCUAAAUUGCGCUCGUAUACAAUGAUCUGAUCUUGGAAUAUUUCGCUAUUAAAUGCGAAGAACACUGCCUUACCGAGCUGUAGCUAACUCUCAAUAUGCAUACUUCACGGUCUUCACUUUUAAAUUUGGCAAGUUGCCUCUCUUUGGCAGCACUUGCUGUUUCAAUCCCCACCAAUGACCAAGUAUACACACUAUCCAAACGCAAUGCAACGGUCCAACAAAGCGUAUUCUUCGAAAUCAACGGCACAGAAGUAGAAAAAAGGAUCGCAAACCUAAAAUCAGAAGGAUAUCGGCCGACGUCUCUGAGUAUUCAUGGCUCGCCCACCGAUGCGAAAUAUGCCGGUAUCUGGACGAAGCAGGAUGGCGAAGCAUACGAGACUAUUCUGGGCGCCGACGAAACCGCUUACAAUGCUUGGUUGGAUCAAUGGAGAGCUCGUGGUUAUGUUUCCACACACGUCUCUGCCACCGGGCCCGCCUUCGACGCGCUCUUUGCGGGUGUCAUGCAGGAACUGCCUUCAGUUAGCAGUUGGAACCAAAGGUGUGGUGUCGAAGACCCUUGGGCCAUCGACAACACGACCGCGGCCACACCAAUGACCGUCAAGGGUGUAAGCAUGUAUGGAACACCGAGCGAACGCCUGUACUGCAUCCUCGAACACGAAAACACGAUAAACUUCCAGCAAACAGUGUGGUAUCAGACAGAGUUCUCAAUGACAGAUUACCGGACGUUAGAAGCUUCUGAGACUUCGAAAAGAUACUGGAGACCGGUAUACAUCGACGUUUCCGAGGACCAACUCUUUACGCCUAUAUUCGACGACACGAGUGUUGGACAGUGGGCCACCUUUACAGAUCUUACCACAUCACAACUGGACCUGGAAAUAGCCGCAAGAAAGGCGAAGGGCAUGUACCCCAUUCACAUCUCGGGAGCAGGUUCGGUGGGAGCGAGAUAUGCUGUAAUCUUCGCGGAGCGAACAACCCCUCUGGAACGCGAGUGGCAUGCUACAGGUACAGUUACUGGCUUCAGCGACAACGCCGGGACUAGAGCUGCUAUGGACUCGGUUAUGCAAAAGUUCAUGCAAAGAAGCAGCAUCAGGCAAGCCCAACUUGCCGCCUCUGUCAACGGAACGAUCGUCGCUUCUCGCGCGUUCACCUGGGCUGAGAGCGACCGCGCCAUUGUCGAGCCGGAGGAUAAGUUCCUUCUGGCCAGUAACUCUAAAAUGUUCACAUACGCGGCGAUAAAUGACAUGAUCACGAAAGAUCUGCUGAAUCUGACGACUCCUGUCUACUCACUUCUCGGAUACGACAAGCCUGCAGACGAACGCUCCAUGGACAUCACUGUGCAGCACCUUCUGGAUCACACUGCCGGAUUCGAUCGCUCUGUCUCGCCGGAUCUGGGCUUUGUAUUCACAUCCGUUGCACAGUCUCUCAAUCAGUCCACCCCAGCUACGCUGCGUCAGGUUAUCGAGUGGGUUUUCGCGCGGCCGCUGGACUAUACUCCAGGAACGAGUGGGGCGUACAGCAACUACGGCACCAUGCUUUUAAGCUAUGUCAUUGCGAAUAUAACCGGCGAGACAUACAUGUCAUACCUCGAAAAGAACGUACUUGAAGGCGCCGAUGUGGAAUUAUGGGGCACAGCGACAGACCUGCACAAGUCGGACCGUAUUGUGCAAGAGACGAAAUAUACGGCAAUUUCUGCUCUAACACCCCUUUCAUCGGACAGAGUCUCAAGUACGUACGGUGGCGACGGAAGUGUCAAGGAGGAGGCAAUUGGUGCUUUUGGCCUGAAGGCCUCUGCUUCCACUCUUGCCCAGUUCAUUGGCACUCAUUCGGUGUACGGUAUCGGAGGCCGCCAACGUGGUGGCAGUCGGGACGGGUCUUUGGCUGGUUCACGUACUUUCUCCCAGAGUGAGUACGACGAUAUUGAUUGGGCAGUGACGCUGAACACCAGGGAAUACGUCGAUGAGAAUGCCUGGCAGAACCUGAUUUUCUAUGACAUCUACGACAUCUGGCGUGCGUUCUCACUCGCCAGGUAGGAGAAUUGGUGUUGGUACCUAAGCAACAUUAAUCUUACACCAAAUUCAACUUCAAUAAAUAUUUUCAUCCAUCGGGACCC